AUGAAAGUACUUGCCAAAAUGCCUCAGAUUCAGCAUUCUCCCGACGAUGUCUUCCUGUUUCGACCAGAGAGUUCGGUAAUCAGUCAAAGAAACCAGGAUGGUUAUCCUUUUGGACAGGGUCUUCUUGUCACUGCAAACGAGCUAGUACAACAAUCCUUUAUUAAAGAAGUAAUAAACCACUUCAUUAUGGAAGAAAAAUCUUUAUUUUUAACGUACAAAUGCUAUUUCAAGAAAUUCUCACAUAAAGUAAUCCAGUCAUUGUUUGAGAGGCACUUCGAAAUCUUACCAAGGUUUCUUCCAUCAUCGGCUUUAAUUUAUGUAUUCUUGAACAUUUGUUUAGAUCGUAGCAUGGCUGAGUGGCAUAAGGUAAAUACAAAUCAAAGAACAUUUUCCAAUUUUUUUCCUCAAACGGAGAAUUUAUUCAAAUGCUUUCAAAAAUUGCAACUUACUGGAAAAAAAACUAUUCACUUAACAUUAUGUACAUCUAUGUGUAGUUGUACAUCAUUAUUUUUGCAGUUUAUUGAAGAAAUUCCCUGCAUUUUAAAAUGGUUAGAAAAUUCAAGUUAUAAAAAACGUCUUUUUCGUGUCUUGUACUUUUUUUGUAAACAUUUACAAAGUGAAAGAGUAAUAAACUUAAUUACAAAUGAAAUAACAGAAGAAGUGGAAUUUAUAUGCAGGCAUUGGCAAAACCGCUAUUUCAUUUGGAUACGUGGUCUCAUCACUGCUUCAGUAAGUGACCCGUUCUCAAUUAUUGUUGUCCAUUAUCAUUACAACAAAAAGUUUUGCUCGAUUUUACAAUUUAAGCCUGGCAAAAUUAGCGAUGCAUCCUCAUCAAGGUUGCAAAUGGAAAUAACCAUUAAUGCAAAAUCGUAUGAAUAUUUGUUACUUGGAUUUAGCAUAAACGGUUAUCAAGCAUUGAUAAGAAUACAAAGUAUUGGGGUCUUAUUAUUCUCUUCAAAUUCGGCUUUAAACCAAAAAUUGCAAAAUAUUAGUUUAGGAAGAAUUAUUGCACAAAAAAUAUUAAAGGCAGUAGGACUUUUCUCAGGGAUAAAUUACUACCACCAAAAAGCAAAACUCUCAUUGUCUAGUAGUGCAGUUUCAAAGGAGCAAAUCAUAUUUUUUUUGGAAUUGACAAGACCUCUUGCAAUAUCCAAAGCAUCAUGUUUACUGUAUAGCAAACAAGCAUUGCCGACAGUCACCAUGCAUAUUUAG